UCGUCCGCUUCUCUCCUCCUCCCCCUCUCUCUGCGGGAGAGAGAGGAUUAACUGGCCGUCUGGUCCGUACAGGAUUCCACCUCUCUGAACCGCUCCGUGGGUUGGCCAUGUUUUGGCAGGGACACGUACACACAUGCAGCAAAAAGCCUCUGUCUCUUUCACAGCUGAUCGCUGAUGGCAGACGGGGGCCCCCCCACACAAACACAGGGGAAGAGACAUUCAAGGCCGGUCACUUGGAAACCCCCCGGCUCAACGCUACGUUCUCCAUAACUGCUCCUGUCUCAGGAAAUCAACGUCCGUGUCACCACCAUGGAUGCCGAGCUGGAGUUUGCCAUCCAACCUAACACCACAGGAAAGCAGCUCUUCGACCAGGUGGUGAAGACAGUGGGUCUGCGGGAGGUCUGGUUCUUUGGCCUUCAGUAUGUGGACAGUAAAGGUUAUUCGACCUGGCUCAAACUCAAUAAGAAGGUGACCCAGCAGGAUGUGAAGAAAGAGAACCCGCUGCAGUUCAAGUUCAGAGCCAAAUUCUUCCCCGAGGAUGUUUCAGAGGAGCUAAUCCAGGAGAUCACCCAGAGACUCUUCUUUCUGCAGGUGAAGGAAAACAUCCUGAACGAUGAGAACUACUGUCCCCCAGAAACGGCUGUGUUACUGGCAUCAUACUCUGUCCAGGCCAAGUACGGAGACUACAACAAAGACGUCCACAAGUCAGGCUACCUUACCCACGACCGACUGCUGCCUCAGAGAGUCCUUGAGCAACACAAGCUGACCAAGGAGCAGUGGGAGGACCGGAUACAGACUUGGCACGAAGAACACAGAGGAAUGCUCAGAGAGGACUCGAUGAUGGAGUAUCUUAAAAUCGCCCAGGACUUGGAGAUGUAUGGCGUCAACUACUUUGAGAUCAAAAACAAGAAGGGCACACAGCUGUGGCUGGGCGUGGACGCCCUGGGACUCAAUAUCUACGAACAUGAAGACAAGUUGACACCCAAGAUUGGUUUCCCCUGGAGCGAGAUUCGAAACAUCUCUUUCAAUGACAAGAAGUUCGUCAUCAAACCUAUUGACAAGAAAGCACCUGACUUUGUGUUUUAUGCCCCACGACUGCGCAUCAACAAGCGCAUCCUGGCGUUGUGUAUGGGAAACCACGAGUUGUACAUGAGAAGGAGGAAGCCCGACACCAUCGAGGUGCAACAGAUGAAAGCUCAGGCUCGGGAGGAAAAGCACCAUAAACAAAUGGAGAGGGCCCAGCUGGAGAACGAGAAGAAGAAGCGAGAGCACGCGGAGAAAGAAAAGGAAAGGAUAGAGCGCGAGAAAGACGAGCUCAUGGAUAGGCUAAGAAAUAUUGAAGAGCAGACAAUGAGAGCUCAAAAAGAGCUCGAGGAACAGACCCGUCGGGCACUGGAGCUGGAGCAGGAGAGGAAAAGAGCGAGGGAGGAGGCUGAGAGGCUGGAGAGAGAGAGGCAGACGGCCGAGGAGGCCAAGGCAGAGCUGGCCAAGCAGGCUGCAGACCAGCAGAAGAACCAGGAGCAACUGGCCUCUGAACUGGCAGAAUUCACAGCCAAGAUCGCUCUCCUGGAGGAUGCCAAGAGGAAGAAAGAAGACGAGGCCACAGAAUGGCAGCACAAGGCUCUGUCGGCCCAGGAGGACUUGGAGAAGACCAAGGAGGAGCUGAAGACGGCGGUGGCAGUGGUGCCGGCGCCUCCAGGCGGCAAUGCCGAGAGCGAGCACGAUGAGCAGGACGAGAACCACGCAGAGGCCAGCGCCGAGCUGUCCAACGAGGGCGUCAGCCAGAUGGACCUCCGCAGCGAAGAGGCGCGCGUCACCGAGGCCCAGAAGAAUGAGAGGGUCAAGCAGCAGCUGCAGACAUUAAGUUCAGAGUUGGCCCAGGCCAGAGAUGAAACCAAGAAGACGCAGAACGACGUGCUACACGCCGAGAAUGUGAAAGCAGGCCGAGACAAAUACAAGACGCUCCGCCAGAUCCGACAGGGCAACACAAAGCAGCGCAUCGAUGAAUUUGAGUCCAUGUGAGAAUGGCGCCUCUAUCUCCCCUCAGCCCCUCUUUCCCUCAGGGGUACCCGUUACCCGAACUUUCCCCCUCAGCGGAUGCUCGAUUUUCACGGACAACAGACGCUGCCGUCCCUGUUUUCCCAGCGAGCCCCCCCUCAACACCCGCAAGCAAUCUUGAGAAAUUAUCCUGUUAAACUUUGCCAAAGUCCUGUCCCUCAUCUCCUCUCUGAAAGUUUGUAAAUCUCCCUGAUUCGGAGCUGCUUACGAGCCUCUUUUGAACAAGCAAAUAUCGUCGCACUGCAGACGUCAUCUGUAAUCCUUACGCACCGGGGAAAAGAGAAACUGUAAAACCAAAAUGGAAGCAAUUGAAAGAUUUUUUAUUUUUUAUUUUGAGCAAACAGCCAUAGAACGCUACUAUUUUUUUUGCCUAACGACUUGUAUGCAAGCUUUAGUAUGAUUCUGUGUCUUCGGUUAAAGAUUGCCUAUCCUCUCCUUGUUUUUAAGUUCUUGUCCUCUGCUUAUGUUUGACUCAUUUUAUUUGAUGAUGCCCUUCGUUUUAGUUGUCUGUGGAACACAAUGAGGAGUUUGGGAAUAAAUGAGGUCACAGAAUUCCACGUCAAAGCACUGCUCUGUUACGUCAGGUCACAUUUCACAGCGUCUGUCAGAGCGCUAAGCUGAAGUCACGUCACUCUAUACAGUCAAUUCAAAUUAUUAUUUUAAUUUCACAUUGAUACGUUUAUAUAUACGAUGACACUGCAGUAUUUUAUUAAAGUUUAAUUUGAGGCGGAAAAACUAGAA